AUCUUAUGACAAGAAUAGGAUUACAAGAAAAACAAAAAAUGGAAAACAAACAAAUUGAAAGAAUUGUUAAUAAAGAAAAACUUGAAUUAAAUCAAAUAAAUGGGAUGGAACUAUAUCCGGAAGGAAAGAAAAUUAUUAAACAGAAUAAUAAGAUGAAUAAUCAAAUAAGAAAAAAUAACAAGCGAAAGAAAGAAGAUAAACAGAUGAAUAAUCAACCACCAAAGAAAAAGAAAAAGAUUACUAAUCCAAAAAAGAAAAAAUAA